AUGGAGACCCAGAGGGCUGGCCUCUCGCUGGGACGGUGGUCACUGUGUCUCCUGCUGCUGGGACUAGUGCUGCCCUCCGCCAGCGCCCGGCCAUUCAGCUACAGGGAGGCCGUGCUUCGUGCUGUGGAUCAGUUCAAUGAGAGGUCUGCAGAAGCUAAUCUCUACCGCCUCCUGGAGCUAGACCCGCCUCCUGAGCAGGAUGCGGAGGACCAGGGAGCUCGAAAGCCUGUGAGCUUCAGGGUGAAGGAGACUGUGUGCCCCAGGACGAGCCAGCAGCCCGUGGAGCAGUGUGACUUCAGGGAGAAUGGGCUGGUGAAACAGUGUGUGGGGACAGUCACCCGGUACUGGAUCAGGGGUGACUUCGACAUCACCUGCAAUGACAUUCAGAGUGUGGGGCUAUUCGGCCGGCUGCGGGACUCACUCCGAAGAGGUGGGCAGAAAAUCCUCGAAAAAGUAGAGAGAAUUGGUGACAGAAUCAAAGAUAUCUUCAGGGGAUGAAGUCCUAAGGAUCAGGUUAUCCUGGCUCAGACUUCUGGACUCUGAAAAAUAAAUUCUUCUAAAAACAACUUCAUCUAACAUUCAAAUUCACUUCUCUUCCCUCUCAGUCUUACCAGGACCAGGUCCUUAACUCCGAGAGUCCUCUUGAGUGUAUGCGUGUGUGAGAGAGACAGACAGACAGAGAUCACUCCUAUUAACUCCCAGAUGGGUGAGGGAGUCCCCCUUUCUGGAGGGUAUGCGGGUACAGGGAUGUAAUGACGACCAUAGCUAACACGGAUGUAUGGUAUAUUUGAAAGUUAAGAGAGUAGAGCCCAAGUGUUCUCAUCACAAGGAGAAGACCUCAUUUGUUUUUUGUAUCUCUUUGAGAUGAUGGAUGUUAAGGAAACUUACUGUGGUACUCAUUUCACAAUAUAGGUAAGUCAAUUCGUUAUGCUGUACACUUGAAAUUUGUAAUGCUGUUUGUCAAUUGUAUCUCAAAUGAAACUGGAAAAAAUAUUUAAAGAGUGUGAAAGGAUUAUUACAGCAAAAAGCUUGUGAACCGCUACUUAGAGAAACUCUCCAUGGGUGUGCAGGGAGACAUAUAUGAUAAUAUCCAAUUGGAGUAUUGGUGUUUCUUCAAUAGAUACCAAACAGCAGUGAACACAAAUAAAUGGAUUACCGUGUAUCAUUCAAAACAAAACAAAACAAAAACUGUGCAAAAUGAGCUAGU